CCUCGGGAGCUAGGACAUCACCCCGGCCUGGACUCCCUCCUCCCCCCUGGCUAUUCCACUCUGGUCACGAGGCAGCCGGCCUGGCUGUGUUUUAACCAACGAGCGCCUGGGGGACAGACCGAGGGCGCUCAGAACCUGUCAGGCCCUUUCGCAUACUCCUGGGUGCAUCCCUCUGUCUCCUUGGGGGUUGGAGGACGGUGGGAGGUUCUGGCGUUCUUGCAGUCGGGCUUGCUCUCUGCGCACCCCCUUGUAGGUCAUCGAAGCUCCCCAGCCCUGGAGGCACCCCACGCUGCUGUUCAGCCGCAGCUCCGCAUAUUGUGCAGCCGAUUUCAUUUCUCAGAACAUCUUUUCGGUGAACCCCCAGACCUUUGGCCGUCUCAGGAGAGCCUCCGUAACCCAGAGUGGCCUUGCUCCCCGUCCCGCACCCUCCUCCCCGAAAGCCCCCGCGACCCCCGCGCUCGGGUCUCUCCGCAACCCAGCGAAAGGCGGAGGUGAUGCUCUCGGACACCCCAACGGUGGCUGCCGGAUGCAACGACGCGGAGUUGCGGUGCCGGGUAGCGGUGGAGGAGCUGAGCCCAGGCGGCCAGCCCCGCAAACGCCAGGCUCUGCGCACCGCGGAGCUGAGCCUGGGACGUAACGAGCGCCGAGAGCUCAUGCUGCGCCUGCAGGCUCCGGGGCCCGCGGGGCGGCCACGCUGCUUCCCGCUGCGCGCCGCGCGCCUCUUCACGCGCUUCGCCGCCUCCGGGCGCUCCACGUUGCGACUGCCAGCUGCCUGCGCCCCGCGCCCGGGCGCCGUGCAGCUGCUGCUCUCGGACUGUCCACCCGAGCGCCUGCGCCGCUUCCUGCGCACGCUGCGCCUCAAGCUGGCCGCCGCCCCCGGACCCGGACCUCCCUCUGCCCGCGCGCAGCUGCUCGGACCGCGGUCCCGCGACUUUGUCACCGUCAGUCCGGUGCAGCCGGAGGAGCUGCAGCGCGUGGCGGCGUCCCGGGCUCCCAACACCAAGCUCGUGAAACAGCCCUCGGAAUCGGGCGAAGGCGGGGCGUCCAGCACGGAAACCCCAAAGUGGCCCCUGCCUGUGAAGAAGCUGCACCUGCCCCCUGCCAAGCCACAGCUUUCCGAGGAGCAGGCCGCCGUGCUGGCAGCUGUGCUCAAAGGCCAUAGUAUCUUCUUCACGGGCAGUGCAGGCACAGGGAAGUCGUACCUGCUGAAGCGCAUCCUGGGCUCCCUGCCCCCGACAGGCACCGUGGCCACGGCCAGCACCGGGGUGGCAGCCUGCCAUAUCGGGGGAACCACCCUCCAUGCCUUUGCAGGUAUUGGCUCUGGCCAAGCUCCCCUGGCCCAGUGUGUGGCCCUGGCCCAGCGGCCAGGGGUGCGGCAAGGCUGGCUGAGCUGCCAACGGCUGGUCAUUGAUGAGGUCUCCAUGGUGGAGGCGGACCUGUUUGACAAGCUGGAGGCUGUGGCCAGAGCUGUGCGGAAACAGGACAAGCCAUUUGGAGGAAUCCAGCUCAUCAUCUGUGGAGACUUCCUGCAGCUCCCACCAGUGACCAAGGGCUCCCAGGCCCCACGCUUCUGUUUCCAGGCCAAAAGCUGGAGGCGCUGUGUGCCCGUGACCCUGGAACUGACGGAGGUGUGGAGGCAGACAGACCAGGCCUUCAUUUCCCUGCUGCAGGCCGUGAGGCUGGGCAGGUGCUCCGACGUAGUGACCCGCCAGCUGCGGGCCACAGCCACCCACAAGGUGGGGCGGGAUGGGAUUGUGGCCACGAGAUUGUGCACGCACCAGGAUGACGUAGCCCUCACCAAUGAGAAGCGGCUGCAGGAGCUGCCAGGGGAGAUGCACAGCUUUGAGGCUCUGGACAGUGACCCUGAACUUGCCCACAUCCUGGAUGCCCAGUGUCCUGUCAGCCGGCUUCUUCAGCUGAAGCUGGGGGCCCAGGUGAUGCUGGUGAAGAACUUGGCUGUGUCCCGAGGCCUGGUGAAUGGUGCCCGGGGUGUGGUUGUUGGGUUCCCAGAUGAAGGGAGAGGGCUGCCCCAGGUGCGGUUCCUGUGCGGGGUCACUGAGGUCAUCCGUGCAGACCGCUGGACAGUGCAUGCCACCGGGGGCCAGAUCCUCAGCCGGAAGCAGCUGCCCCUCCAGCUGGCCUGGGCACUGUCCAUCCACAAGAGCCAGGGCAUGUCCCUGGACUGUGUGGAGAUCUCCCUGGGCCGCGUGUUUGCCCCUGGCCAAGCAUACGUGGCCCUGUCCCGGGCCCGCAACCUGCAGGGCCUGCGCGUGCUGGACUUCGACCCCAUGGUGGUUCGCUGUGAUCCUCGUGUGCUCCGCUUCUAUGCCACCCUGCGGCAGGGUCAGGGUCUCAGGCCGGAGUUCCCAAGUGAUGACGAGGCCACUUCUGAUCAGGAGAACGCAGACCCAAACUCUGAGCCUCGGCGGCCAAGACAAGACCAAGUAAAAGGGAAGGAGGCAGUGACCCCGCCUCCUCCAUGAGGUCCUGACAGCGUAAAGGAUCCAGCAGCGCCUCAGUUUCUCCCCUAGGCAGUGGGUGAACUGUUGGCAGGGGGAGGAAGUGAGCCCUUUCUGUGCCAGGUGGGGAAUGGGCCUCACACAACACCAAAUGUCACAGGACGAAGCUCUUCCCAAGUGCCGGACAUGGAGCUGCUGAGUCCCAAUGGCCACUCACUCCCUUGUGACUGCAGAGGAACAAGCAGAGAAGCUAAGGGCCCAGAAG